AGGGUUCUUAAGCGAUUUUGAAAACGACGAACCCAGAAAUUGAGUUCAAUUGAGAGUGAUUCCCGACAACACAAAGCUACUAUCAUGACUAAAAGAAAGAGGAAGCUGAUAUGUCAUAAGGAGAGAGACGAAGUUGAAGACGAAGGAGCCGAAUCUCAUGAUUCUAGUGUUGAUGGAGAUGACUGUCCAGUUAUCGUGGAAGAUAGCAGAGGAUAUACAGAGGUGGAACCAUGUUUGGCUGGAAAUGAAGAGGAAGAAGAUGAUGGUCUCAUCGAUGUUGAAAUCUGCAACAAUUUAGAAGACCAUUUUGGGCAUGAUGCGUGUGAAGAAGCAACUGGUGAAAAUUCUGAUGACAGCGGAGACGACAUUUGGGACGACGACAAGAUCCGUGAUCCAUUAUCCGACGAUGACCAAGAGGAAGCUGAGAGACCAUUCAAUGAUGGAGUUCAACCUGAUGAUCUAUUAGCAUUGCAUAAGACAUUCAACAAUGCAGAUGAAUUCAAGUAUGCACUCCUUAGGUAUUCUCUUAAAACCAAAUAUGAUAUCAAAAUGUUUAAGUCAUCAUCUGAUAGACUUGGGGCAAAGUGCACACAACACAUCAAAGAAAAGUGUCCAUGGAUGGUGUAUUGUUCUUUUGAGAAGAGUAAAAGCAAGCUUGUAAUAAAGACAUUCCGGAAUGAGCAUGUUUGUGUAAGAUCUGGUUACACAAAGCUGUUAAAGAGCGGAACUAUUUCUCAGUUGUAUGAAGAAAGACUACGACUCAAUCCAAAGAUAAAAUCGCAGGAGAUGGUAGAUGAAAUCAAGAGAGAGUAUAAUAUGAUAGUUAGUGUGCAUCAAUGUCUGAGAGCGAAGAAGUUGCUAAGAAAAAAGAGAAGGGCCAGCCAUGAAUCCCAUUUUGCUAGAAUAUGGGAUUAUCAAGAAGAGAUACUUGGUAGAGAUGGUGAUAACAGGAUAUUUCCAAUUGCUUGGGCUGUGGUAGAGGUAGAGGAUAUUAAUAAUUGGAUGUGGUUUGUACAAUUACUGAAAAAAGAUUUGAGCCUUGGAGAUGGAGCUGACAUUACAAUCAUUUCAGAUAAGCAUCAUGGUUUGCUAAAUGCAGUUCGUGAUGAGCUGCCAAAAGCUGAACAUAGAUUGUGUGCUAGACACAUUUUGGAAAACUGGAAGAAGACACAUAAAGAUAUUGAGCUUGAGCGUAUGUUCUGGAAAAUAGGAAGGAGUUACACUACGGCAUCAUUUGCGACUAACUUAGAAGUAUUGAAGAUGUACAACCAAGCUGCUUAUGACACACUACAAUGCACUGCACCAACAACAUGGUCUCGGGCUUUCUUCAAACUUGGAUCUUGUUGCAAUGAUAAUCUGAAUAAUCUCUCAGAGUCUUUCAAUAGGAAUGUUAGAGAAUCAAGAAGGAAGCCAUUACUUGAUUUUCUAACAGAAGUGAGGAGGAAAUGCAUGGAGAGGAAUGCCAAGAGAACAAUUAUAACUAACAGGUGGAAGAAGAGGUUCACACCAAGAGCAGACAGAGAGAUUGAACUAAAUAGGCAAAAAGCAAAGGACUUGAAAAGGUACAUGACCACAGGUUGCUUGCAUGAGAUUGAAUGUGGAGAUGAUAUUUUUAGUGUCGAUAUGGAAAAGAAAACUUGUGGUUGUGGCUAUUGGCAAUUGAAUGGCAUACCUUGUAUGCAUGCGAUGUGUGUCAUCAACACCACAAAGUUAAAUCUUAAUGAUUAUGUGUCUGAUUAUUAUUUGACCUCAAGAUGGCGUUCAUUGUACGAGAAAGGAAUUAAACCAGUCCAAGGGAUGAAUCUGUGGCCACGGUUGGGAAGGUUACAUGUUCUGCCACCCCCAGCUAGAUUCAAUAGAGGAAGACCACAUGAUCGUGCUAGGAGAAAGUCUCCUCAUGAGUCUGCAUCUAAUAAGUACAAGUUAACUCGCCAUGGUCGUAUUGUAACAUGUUCAAACUGCAAAAAAGAAGGACAUAAUAAGAGUAGGUGUCCUAAUCCAACUGCCCCUCCUCAAGCAACACGACCAAGAGGUCGUCCAAGAAAAGAACAUGUUAUUUAUGGAGAUUCAUCUCAUGUUAGAGCUUCUCAAGAGGGAUUUUCUCAAGCUGGAUCAUCACAAGGAGGCUCUUCUCAAGUAAGAGCUUCACAAGGUGGAUCAUCACAAGGACGAUUUGGGUUCUCUUUUUAGUCCAUGUAGCUUCUGUUUAAGCCUCUGUUUAUGUGUUUGUGUAAGACUUCAUCAUGCUUGUUCUGUUAUUUUAACAUUGUUCUGUAAGACAAAUACACUUUUGUUUUGGACCAUUUUUUCUCAUCGUUUCAUUCCAAUAUAGAACCAAAAAGACA